ACUGAAAGGAAAAACCACCGCAACCAUCCCCGAGUAAUAAUCCCCGGAUUUCUCACUCCACGCCUCCGCGCUGCACCCCGUCGGCAUGGCCGCUCUCCGGGGCCUCCUGCCGCCGCUGCUGUUCCUCGUAUUCGUCGCGGCGCCGGCGGCGGCGGGGAAGAAAGGCGAGGGUAGCAGCGGGCUGCGGUUCCGGCGGGAGGCCGGCACGUUCAAGGUGUUGCAGGUGGCCGACAUGCACUACGCGGACGGGCGGCGGACGGCGUGCGAGGACGUGCUGCCGGCGCAGGAGCCCGGCUGCUCCGACCUCAACACCACCGCCUUCCUCUACCGCGUCCUCCGCGCCGAGGACCCCGACCUCGUCGUCUUCACCGGUGAUAACAUCUAUGGUGCUGAUUCAACUGAUGCAGCUAAGUCUAUGGAUGCAGCAAUUGCUCCCGCAAUUGCCAUGAAACUUCCUUGGGCUGCUGGGAUUGGUAACCAUGACCAAGAAGGUACGCUGUCGCGGGAGGGUGUGAUGCGCCACCUUGUAGGCAUGAAGAACACCCUUUCACGCUUCAAUCCAGAAGGAGUAGAAAUUGAUGGCUAUGGAAAUUAUAAUUUGGAAGUUGAUGGAGUUGAAGGAACUCUGCUGGCUAACAAAUCAGUGCUCAAUCUUUAUUUCCUUGACAGUGGCGAUUACUCUACUGUACCUUCAAUCCCUGGUUAUGGUUGGAUCAAGGCUUCACAGCAAGCUUGGUUCCAGCAAACCUCUUCUAGUCUCCAGACAAAGUAUAUGAGUGAACAACCGAAGCAGAAGGAGCCAGCACCCGGUCUUGUGUACUUCCACAUUCCAUUGCCAGAGUUCAGCAGCUUUACAGCAUCCAAUUUCACAGGAGUAAAGCAGGAGGGUAUCAGUUCACCAUCAAUCAAUUCUGGGUUCUUUGCCACAAUGGUGGAGGCUGGGGAUGUGAAGGCUGCCUUUAUAGGGCAUGAUCACAUAAAUGACUUCUGUGGGAAGCUUAGUGGUAUUCAGCUCUGCUAUGCUGGUGGAGUCGGUUACCAUGCAUAUGGGAAGGCUGGGUGGUCAAGGAGAGCAAGGGUAGUGUCUGUGCAACUUGAGAAGACAGCGAGUGGCGAGUGGCAAGGAGUGAAGUCUAUCAAGACAUGGAAGAGGCUUGAUGAUCAACGUCUCACUACAAUUGACUCUGAGGUCCUAUGGAACAGAGGCUCUAAUGUAUCAGAACCGCAACUUAUCUAAGAGAUGCCAAUUGACAGGGAGACGCAGGAAGAAUCAUGAUGGAAGCUGAGUUCAAGAUGGGGACAGUGAAUGGUGAUCUACAUCUACACAUCAUGUCGGUUGUUGGUGCACAACUUGUCUUACGGAGUUUGUAGUUGUGUAUAAUGAACACACAGAUAGUACAUGACAUGUAUACACAAGUUUCUGCCAUUGUAAUUUUUUGCAUCAAGAAAAAGUGAAUCAUGGAUUUAAUGUAAUUCAGUACAAAUGUCACUCUUUCCAAAUGGGCUCAAAUGUCAAAAGUAAAAGAGAAUACUGAUUCCAA